CUUAAACUUCCUCCCGUGUUGUGAAGCAUGUUUCCUACAGGUUAAACUUUUGGUGCACCGUUUAACAGCAGACACAUGGAACUACUGCUACUACAGACAGGCAUGUCAAAAACUUACAGUUCGAUCACAGCCUUCCUCUUUUCCCCCCUGAAGAUAAGAAGUGUUUCCUCUCCAGAUGAAGGUGUGGACUCUGCUAUGAGUCAGUGUGAGGACAGAGAGGAGGGAGGCCCUCCCUCUAAAACCACUCUGUGGGGGGAACAUUACAGCAAGACCAAAGCUCAGAGCCCAGAGAAGCAGCACAGACCGGGACCUGGACCUGGACCUGGACCUGGACCCAGCUGUGUGUCCAUGAAGAGUGACUGGUCUAUGGCUGAACCUCUAGUCUUCAAAGAUGGACACCACUCUGUAGAUCAAAGGAGGAAUCUGGAAGAUCCUGAACCCAGUUGUGUGUUCAUGAAGAGUGACUUGUCUAUGGGUCAUCCUUAUAACUUCAAAGAUGGAUGCCACUCUGUUGAUCAAAGAGUGGACCAGGAGAGCUCAGAGGUUCCCAGUGGUCAGUCUGCCCAGCAGCAUCAAACACACCUGGACUCCAUAUUUAUGCUGCUGGAGGAGGACAUCAGCAAUUUUGUGAAGAACGAGCUGAAGAAGAUCCAGAAGGUUCUGAGUCCAGAUUACCCACAAUGCUUAGAGAGUCAGAGAGAGGAUGAGGAGGUGUUGGAUGGUGAGGAUGAAGAGCAGAGGAGGAGCAGCAGAGAGGCAUUUCGGAAGAUCACACUGCACUUCCUGAGGAGAAUAAAGCAGGAGGAGCUGGCUGACCGUCUGCAGAGCAGAAGUCCUGCUGCAGUUUCUAAGCGUAAACUCAAAUCUAAGCUCCAGAAGAAUUUCCAGUGUGUGUUUGAGGGGAUUGCUAAAGCAGGAAACCCAACCCUUCUGAAUCAGAUGUUCACAGAGAUCUACAUCAUAGAGGGAGGGACUGCAGAGGUCAAUGAUGAACAUGAGGUCAGACAGAUUGAAACAGCAUCCAGGAAACCAGAAAGUCCAGAAACAACAAUCAGAAGAGAAGACAUCUUUAAAGCCUCACCUGGAAGAGAUGAACCAAUCAGAACAGUGAUGACAAAGGGAGUGGCUGGAAUCGGGAAAACAGUCUUAACACAGAAGUUCACUCUGGACUGGGCUGAAGACAAAGCCAACCAGGACAUCCAGUUCACAUUUCCAUUCACUUUCAGAGAGCUGAAUGUGCUGAAAGAGGAAAAGUACAGCUUGGUGGAACUUGUUGAUCGUUUCUUUAGUGAAACCAAAGAAGCAGGAAUCUGCAGGUUUGAAGAGGUGGUGUUCAUCUUUGACGGUCUGGAUGAGUGUCGACUUCCUCUGGACUUCCACAACACUGAGAUCCUGACUGAUGUUACAGAGUCCACCUCAGUGGAUGUGCUGCUGACAAACCUCAUCAGGGGGAAACUGCUUCCCUCUGCUCGCCUCUGGAUAACCACACGACCUGCAGCAGCCAAUCAGAUCCCUCCUGAGUGUGUUGACAUGGUGACAGAGGUCAGAGGAUUCACUGACCCACAGAAGGAGGAGUACUUCAGGAAGAGAUUCAGAGAUGAGAGCAGGGGCCAGCAGAGAUCAUCCUCCCACAUCAAGACAUCCCCCACACCAACACCGCGAAGCCUCCAUAUCAUGUGCCACAUCCCAGUCUUCUGCUGGAUCACUGCUACAGUUCUGGAGGACAUGUUGAAGACCAGAGAGGGAGGAGAGCUGCCAAAGACCCUGACUGAGAUGUACAUCCACUUCCUGGUGGUUCAGUCCAAAGUGAAGAACAUCAAGUAUUAUGGAGGAGCUGAGACAGAUCCACACUGGAGUCCAGAGAACCGGGAGAUGAUUGAGUCUCUGGGAAAACUUGCUUUUGUGCAGCUGCAGAAAGGCAACCUGAUCUUCUAUGAAUCAGAUCUGACAGAGUGUGGCAUCGAUAUCAGAGCAGCUUCAAUCUACUCAGGAGUGUUCACACAGAUCUUUAAAGAGGAGCGAGGACUGUACCAGGACAAGGUGUUCUGCUUCGUCCAUCUGAGUGUUCAGGAGUUUCUGGCUGCUCUUCAUGUCCAUCUGACAUUCAUCAACUCUGGAGUCAACCUGCUGGCAGAAGAACAAACAACAUCCCGGUGGUCUGAAGUGUUGAGAGACAAAUCAACACGUUUCUACCAGAGUGCUGUGGACAAGGCCUUACAGAGUCCAAAUGGACACCUGGACUUGUUCCUCCGGUUCCUCCUGGGUCUUUCACUGCAGACCAAUCAUACUCUCCUACGAGGUCUGCUGACACAGACAGGAAGUAGCUCACAGACCAAUCAGAAAACAGUCAAGUACAUCAAGAAGAAGAUCAGUGAGAAUGUGUCUGCAGAGAGAAGCAUCAAUCUGUUCCACUGUCUGAAUGAACUGCAUGAUCGUUCUCUAGUGGAGGAGAUCCAACAGUACCUGAGUUCAGGAAGUCUCUCUACAGAUAAACUGUCUCCUGCUCAGUGUUCAGCUCUGGUCUUCAUCUUACUGUCAACAGAAAAAGAUCUGGACGUGUUUGACCUGAAGAAAUACUCUGCUUCAGAGGAGGCUCUUCUGAGGCUGCUGCCAGUGGCCAAAGCCUCCAACAAAGCUCUACUGAGUGGCUGUAACCUGUCAGAGAGAAGCUGCGAAGCUCUGUCCUCUGUUCUCAGCUCCCAGUCCUCUAGUCUGAGAGAGCUGGACCUGAGUAACAAUGAGCUGCAGGAUUCAGGAGUGAAGCAGCUGUCGGUCGGACUGAAGAGUCCACACUGCAGACUGGAAACUCUCAGACUGAGUGGCUGUAAUCUGUCAGAGAGAAGCUGUGAAGCUCUGUCCUCAGUUCUAAGCUCCCAGUCCUCUAGUCUGAGAGAGCUGGACCUGAGUAACAAUGAGCUGCAGGAUUCAGGAGUGAAGCAGCUGUCGGCUGGACUGAAGAGUCCACACUGCAGACUGGAAACUCUCAGGACUGACCAUGGUGGACUGCAGUGGUUGAGACCUGGUCUGAGGAAGUAUGUCUGUGAACUAGAACUGGACACAAACACAGUACACAGAAAACUCAAACUGUCUGACAACAACAGGAAGGUGACACCUGUAGGAGAGGAUCAGCCAUAUCCUGAUCAUCCAGACAGAUUUAACUUCUGGUCUCAGCUGCUGUGUAGAAAUGGUCUGACUGAUCGAUGUUACUGGGAGGUCGAGAGGAGAGGAUGGGUUAAUAUAUCAGUGAGUUACAGAGGAAUCAGAAGGAGUGGAGCCAGUGAUGACUGUAGGUUUGGAUGGAAUGAUCAUUCCUGGAGUCUGAGGUGCUCUGUUGAUGGUUACUCUGUCAGGCACAAUAACAGAGAAACAGUCCUCACUUCCUCCUCUGUCUCUGACAGAGUAGCAGUGUAUGUGGACUGUCCUGCUGGCACUCUGUCCUUCUACACAGUCUCCUCUGACUCACUGAUCCACCUCCACACCUUCAACACCACAUUCACUCAACCUCUUUAUCCUGGGUUUAGGAUCCCCUGUGGUUCCUCGGUGUCUAUGUGUCCUCUGCAAAACUGAGAGUCUUUCCUGUGGACAGAAACACUCACUGAAGAUCAGCUGCUGAAAUCAAAGUUCAGUCUGUUCACCAUCACACACACUCUGCACUGUGAAGCAGAUCUGUCUGAGACUCAAACACUGAACAUUAUAUUCAUCUCUUUGAUUAUCAACAUUUAAACUGUUUAAGGGACCGUUUGUUAUUUAUGGAAUGGACCACCGGAGGAAAAUAGGGGAGGUUCAUGUCUUUUUAUUCUUUGUUGAGGGGAGGGUCACCCAAACACUUUUAGUCUAGGGGAGGGGAUCACCCAACAUUUGUAUUCAUGAACACAGCAAAAUUUCAAAGUGGCUUGUUUGGUGCAUACUUUUUCAUGUAGAUCUUAGUCUCUGAUGAUGGGAGCAGCAGGACGCAAAAAAACAAAAAUUACUGUUGCACUAGUCUGGACAUCUUGCUGUGCCAACCUUGCAAUAAAGGUUUCCUGAAUGCCAUGUAUAUAAAUGUGAUGUCAGCUUAUUAAUUUAUUGCAGGUUUUGUGUAUAUUUGGACUUUUAUACGUUUAUUACACUUUGUUUAAAUGGCGAAGUGGAGAGGCCUCGUUCACCUGUUCAGAGCUGGCUGGUUAAUGUGACGCUCGUAUAGGCCUUGCUGAAUACACCGUGACCCUUUUGUGGAUCUACUGAUUGCUGUGGAUUUCUUUUUUUUUUCCUGUCAUUGGAUUAUGGCAAAAUACAGAUCUUUUGGAUUAUGGCAAAAUACAGAUCUUUUUACUCAACGUUUUUACUCAAAUUGUCUUAAUGUUUUAUGGUGUGACUGUGCUUCGUUUCUGGGUUUGGAGACACAUCUCAACAGACUGUAGGUCAAACACUGAUUGUACACUGUUACAUUUUAGUUGAAUUUAAGUGUUGGGGCAUUCCGCCACCGUCUGGCUAUUGCGUUCCAAGACAGCCAUGCCGGGAUAGGAUUUCAUAAGGGCAAAUUGUUAAAUUGUUACAAUGUAAUUUAAAAUCUGCUUUAAAAAUAAACACAUAUAUUUUGGAAUAUAA